AUGCAAGCGUCCAAGGAAUGCAGCACCACCGGCGGGCACGCGACGACAGACAUGCUCAUGCAUGCGAGCAAGACGACCCUUGCCAAGGGGGAGUCUACGGACCACUACCUCGAGCGCAUCACGCACGUCACUCUGAACAACAAGAAGCUGUCCACCCUGACCAACUUGGACCGAUGCACCAACGUCAAGGUGCUGUACUUGUACGACAACAAGAUCGCCCAUCUCGACAGCACGUUGUCGAGUCUCCGGCACUUGACCCAUCUCCAUCUUCAACGGAAUCGCAUCUCCAAAAUGGAGCAUUUUGAAGCGCUCGUGCAUCUGGAAAAGCUGUACCUGGAAGGCAACCGCAUCAGUCGCCUCGCCGGCCUCGCGCAUUGCACGUUGUUGCACGAACUGCACCUGUCCAACCAAACACUUGGUAAUGACGAAGAAGAUGGUGGUGGUGGCGGUGACGGCUGCGGUUUUACCUUUGAAGCGCACUCCAUGGCUACGCUGGGGCAAUCGCUGCGGAUUCUCAACGUCAGCAACUGUAACAUCCGUGACCCCCAACCAAUUCAGUCCCUUCGUCGACUGGAAUCCCUCGACUUGUCACGCAACUGCAUCCACAGCAUCGAUGACGUAUACGGCCUCGUGGGCAACCUUCGAUCGUUGAAAGAACUGAAUUUGACCAACAACAGUGUGAACGCUACGCCCAAGUACCGCGACAACACGAUCAUCUUUUCCCAUGCCAGUCUAGCAACACUCGACAACAAACCCAUCGACGCCAAGCAACGAGCGACCAUGCAGACCCACAUGGCAUUCAAGCACAAAAAGCGCCACUACGACCCAAACGCUCGUGCUAUCUCGUCCACCAACGACGAUAACCCUCCUAUGUCUUUGUCGUUGAAUGUCCUUGGCAACAACCCGUGGGUGAGUGUCUCUUCCCCCAACCAAGACCACCACUAG